UAUUUGUCAUAGAUAAAUGUAAACCCCCCCUUUCAAUCGGAUUUAUAUGAACUUACCCUCUCCUAGCUUAUCAAGUCAAGUGAUAGUUGGAUAUAGUGUUGGGUUAUCCAUUUAACAUCAGAUAGGGUGGUGUAGUUUGUUGCAAGUUUUAUUUAAAAAUAUAUUACCACGAAGUCUUGGCAGAGACGUAUUUAUUAUUUAUAUAUUAUUUGGACUACAUUUCGUUUUAAUUUCAAAACAAUUUAAGAGCAUAGAGUCAUAUAGCAGAAGAAGAAAAUCGUCUGUAGUCAGUAAAGUGAUUUAAGAAAAACUGUCGUAUGACAUAUUUAUUUGACUUGUCUGCUUACUGACAGAAAAUAUCGUGGAGCCUGGAGAGUUAGUGGAAAGAGUUAAAGGGAGACACAGUAAAAAAACCUAAGCAAACAGUACUUUUAAAAACGAGGUGAUACUUCGUGAUCAUGGCCCGCAAAGGUCAAGUUUCUAUACAGGAGAACAUAGAAACAAACGAGGAAUUCAUUCAUUACCUGAAGACCCAUUCCAACAAACUGAUAUGCAUGGAGGUGUAUUCAGAAUUUUGUGGACCCUGUUUGGCAACUGCCAACGCUAUCAGAAAAGGAAAAUUGGAAAUAGGUCAGGAUAACAUCGCAAUGGCAAGGGCGUUGGCAGAUAACAUAGAAGCGCUUGAGAGGUUCAAAGGUAAAAGUGAGCCGGCCUUCCUCUUCAUUGUGAACGGUAUGUUGUCGCGUGCCAUGUUUGGUGCUAACGGCAUCGAACUAUGCCGCAUAAUAGAAGAGGAACUACAUCUAAUGCAGAAGGAGAAAGACACAGGCAUUGCCAGGCCCAAGCGGGAGAUUGCAGAGAUGCUGCCGGAGGAAGCUGCUAAAAUGGAAGAAAUCUUCAAAGUGGAAGAAGAGAGCAGAGAACAAAUGGAGAGGCUGCGCGUGCUCACGCUGUCGGCGCGCAAAUGGCGCGUUAACGAGCGCAUGGCGCGACACCUGCGCCGGCUCAACUUCAUCCUGUUCUGGCCACACUGCCACAAGGCGCACUAUGACCUCUACGAGAAAUGGGAUAUGCUUAACCUAUCCGUGGCGGCGAAGGAGGUUCUUCAACUGACGGAAGAUGGCGCAAAAGAGGCGCUAUACAUGAGUGACGUGCUUCCCAACGAGGCGUGCCUGCACUCGUUGCUUAAUGGGGAGGUGUUGGUCGUGCUUUUCAAAAUGCUGGACUCCGACACUAGGGAUUUUGUCAAAAGAAGAACGAGAAGAGAAGGAGCGCUUUGCAGCUGAAAUGGCUCGACUGGCCAAAGAAGAAGAGGAAGAAAGGCAGAGAUUAGAGAAACAACGCGAAGAGGAGGAGCGUAUGGCCAGAAUCCAAGCAGGCUUGCCAGCAGAACCAGAGCCACAAGAGACAGGAGAAGAAGUGGAAGAGGAAGAAAUUGAGAAAGAAACCGAAGCCACAGAAGAGGCACAAGAAGAUCUGGAAGAGGAGAAGGUAG